CCAGAAAGUGCGAGACCACUGACCACUGUGCUGCGCCGUGAUCUCUACCACAUCAGUGAGAUCAUGCAGCAGGUCCAGCAACCGCAUGCACGGAAAGUGCCGAGUGUCAUUUACGAUCGAAGCACCACGUCGUCCGAGAGGAGGGAGAUCACCCAUGCCACCCUCGGCCGGUUGGUCGCAAAGUUGACAGACGCACAACACCACGACACGGACUUCCGCAACUGCUUCUUGCUGACGUAUCGCAGUCACAGCUCUGUGAACGACUUCAUCAUGAAGUUGACGAAGCGGUACACUGCUGCUUCCAGCUUGGCGAACCCACGAUACGACGACUGCGACCCAUCCAACGCGGACGACAAUCGCUUCUCCGUGUCGUCCGACUCGACUGUUCAAGCCGCGGCAAAUGUGUCCAUGAUGCGGGCCAUGAGUGUGCUCAAGUUUUGGAUUCGUGAAAGCGGCUUCAUCGAAGCUGACUUGGACAACGACCGUCGAUCGCAGAAAAAGCUCAUGAUCUUCCUGGCCAAAGUUCGUGAUGAAUCGCCCCACGUGUCCAUUUCCAAGCAUGCAGAAACCAUGAUGCAUGUUGUAGGGAAGAUCCUCGUUCGAAACACCCCUUCCAGAUUGGCCACAAAAGCGACCACUGCAGCUCCAUCAUCAACCAUGCCAUCACCCCUGGAUCUAGGAAGCGAGUCUGCCGAAGAGUCGUCCCCAAAGGCGGCGGCCCGCCAGCCCCAUCCCAUCGACGACAACGACGCAGCGUUGGCGGCCAACACUGCCGCGAAACUCAAAAUCAACCGCAGCGUCUCCACAGAUUCAGUACCCAUGAAACCUCAAGUGACCAUCCGGGCGUAUCCGACCCACUAUGAUCCGGAUCUCCACCCCAUCGACAUCGAUACGACUCGGCCGGCGUUUUCGGCGCCCCCGCUGUCGAUUUCCAGGGGCAAAACGAUGCCGCCAGUCUCCACCACCGCCCAACUGUCGGCCGCCCCCGUCGAUGGCCUCAUGCAGGCGCCGCUGACUCGCUCCGUAUCUGACAACACUCGCGAUCGCGGCGUGUUCUGCAUGCCUCGAUCAGAACCUUUCGGCGGCAUGACGGCCCAAGAUGCCGCCGACCAACUCACGUUGUUAGAACAGCACAACUUCCACAGAAUCGACCACCGCGAACUCACCAACAAGAACUGGACCACCGAGUUCAAACACGACGUCGCUCCCAACGUGAUGGCGUUGAUCGAACUGUUUGACGCGCGCGCGGAAUGGAUCUCAAGUGAAAUCUUGCACCCCAAGCUGCAGGCGGUGCAGCGGGCCAACAUGGUCGCGUUCUUUAUCGACGUGGCCGAAGCGUGUUAUCGGCUGAACAACUUCAACACCCACGCCGAAAUCGUCGUCGCGUUGACCGCGCCGUGCAUCAAACAGCUCGAGACGACGUGGAACCUCGUGGCGCCAGGCCACUUGGAAACAUUUGAACACCUCAAGCACGUAUGUUCAAGCGACGACAACUUUCGACUUUACCGGCAGGCAUUUGCAGCGGCGGAGGGGUUGCCGCGGUUGCCGUCUAUUUUUAUUGUGGUCAAGGACAUUUUUGGCUUUGAAGAGUCGAUGCGGACGACGGAAAAUGGAUUGAUUCAUUUUCAAAAGUUCCGAAAGAUUUAUCAUGCCAUCACGGACGCCCUGAGUUGCCAACACACCACGUACACAACGCCAAGUCCAAGGCGUCGUGUGCUUCAAGCGGACAAGAACCAACAGAUGAUGCUGAAAUUCCGACUGGAGACGAUUCGCAAAACGGGCACGGAAUUGUUUUGGCUUGCGAAAAAAGCAAACAAGCAAGAAAGCGUGCUGUUUGUAAAUAGUUUGGCCGACGCUGGGUUCAUGUAGCCAAAAGACCGUUUUUUUACCGCACCUUUUGUGUGGACCAUGCAAUAAAUACUGUCAAAUCCGUUCCAAUUUGGACGUCCUAGUAAUACAAUUAGGUUGCGUCUGGUAACCAGAAAUAUCCCAAAACGCCAUUUUG